CUCACACUCUCCACAGCGGGUCAGGCAGCGCUUCCUCAGAGGGCCUGCGGUGCUGACUCCUCCCUCACUUCCUCACACUCUGAGGCUCCACCACACUCGCCGUGGAUGCCCGCCGUGCCAGCGCCGAGGAAGCAAGACGACUCAGCCUGGACACUCGGACCGUCCGUUUCAGAGUCAGAGAUGUGUGACUGAGGUUUUACCGCUACGCUUCUAUUUCCCGCUUUUAUUAGAUGCGAGUCUCGCGCGUUCCUUCGCGCCGAAAUGGCCCAUUUGAAACGGCAACGGUCGUGGCACGAGGACUUCGCGAGGAACUUUUUCAAACUGUUUUCCAGAAGUAAAUCGCUGGAGCCGGAGAAAACGGAGCCGGAGCCCGAGAACGGGGAGGAACAUAAGGAAGACAGUCCUGCUGGCCAGUCUGAUGAGGCUGAUUCACUGCCCACACCUGAGCCUCAACUCACCACCGAACCAGAAGCACAGGCACUGGAGCACUCGGAGCAGGACAGGCUGGUGGAGGCAGACAGCGUGUGUGAUCCAGAGGGUAGUGUGCAGGGCGAUGUGGAGCGCGACCCUCCUCCCGUCACCCCUCCUGCCCCGGAGCCCCAAUCUCCGGCGAUUCCUGUAGACGGCUUCUUCAGACGGCUGGGCAGCCUGUUCCUGUUUGGUCGAGCUGAGCCUGGGGGAGCUGACAGGCAGAGUCAGUCCGGCACGGAGUCAGAGGUACAGGGAGCAGAGGACGCACAGCACACUGACCCCGAAACAGUGCCCACAGGAGAGAGAGAGGCACAGACGAGUGUGGAGGGAGAAGAGCAGCCACAGAAGCCUCUGGAGCUGUCUCGGUCUGUGGCUGGUCCAGAGGUUAAAGCCACAUUGCACCCUGAACAAGACAUACAAGACGCACAGCUGCAGGAGGAGGCUGAAGAGGAUGGAGAGGGUCCAGUAGAGAGUCCAUCUUCAGAUGAGGAGCAGGAGCGGCGCCGUGCUCUAGCGUGCCCUCCAGUGGUGACGCAUGUGACGUACCGUGGCCUCAGGGAGAUCAGGAAGAUGAGGAGGAAGCAGGAAGUGCGACUUCAUUCACCCAUCUCUGAGGGAGAGGAGGUGCAGCGUAGGACCAGUGCGGGCUUGUCUGCUUCAGAAGAUGAAGAGUCUCAGCAGCAUGCAGCAAGUCCAGGCAGCCCUUGUGUAGCUGUUUCCACAGAGAGCCAAGCAGUGCAACCCUACACUGAAACCUCUUCAUCUACAGACAUUGUCAGGCCUGAUUAUCAGAGCCAUUUUGCACCGCGUUCCUCCAACACACUUUCCAGUACGCACAUUCCAGUGGAGGCAGAGGGAACAGACAGUGCUUUGAGCCAAAGUGCCUUACAGACACACCCAGUGGCCAGAACACAGCCUGCAGGCUUAGAAUCUGACCCGGCAUUGGCCACUGGCACCUCUUCUCCUGGUGAAAGUGACCCCAGUAGGUUGGCUGUUUGUUUAGAGGUGGAGACAGGCAGUGAAACACACGUUGAUGAGCUGGAGGCUUCUGUGUCUGAGCUUGCUCCUCUGGGGAUUGUAUCAGACCAAGAGACUCAGGCACAGUCAGUGUUUCGCUCUGUUGAUGCUCUGAGGAGUCCUCUGACAGCUCAAGCACUGGAGGCCCCCCACACUCAACUGUCAGAUGCUGCCACUGCCACAAACACAGUCUUAACUGACAUUAACACUGCCUCCAACUCACAUACUUGUGUUACUGGUUCAGACUUUGCUUCUAAUUGCUUCCAGGAAAGCCAGCUGUCAGGCUCAAGAGUAGAUGGACAAGACCCUGAGGACAACCAAGCCUUUGGGUCAUCUAAGGCAGAGAUUUCAGAACAUACUGCCUGGAAGGAUGAGCUUGUCUUGGAGGAGGGAGCCACACAGCUGGGGCUGGCUGAGGAGCAGUCAGGUUUAGCUGAGGAGAUGCUGCAGCUGGAGUCCAGGAAGAUGGUAGAUGAUAUUCUGAAAAAUGCUCUGGCUGCUCUGGAGAGGAUUGAUGGGUCUGAGCGAGGAAGCGAGACUCCCUUGAGUGAUGAGCUUAAUGAGGGUGCAGAGACUCUCAUGCUUAUGGGAGCAAGGGACAGUGUGGGUGGAUCAGCUAGCUUGGAGCAGAUUUUCCUAGAGCGUUCGACUGUUCAGGCUGAUGGGAAUCCCCAGUUGAACCUCUCAGAUGACACACUGGGUGGCCGAGUGCAGAUUGAUGGUAGCAGGUCCACUCCCUCCUCAGGGUAUGAGUCUAUCGCUGGCUCGGACACGGACAUUCGGAGCAUGGCCAUGAGCGCUGACAUCAGUUUGUCUAGCGGGACAAUCAGUACACGCUGCACAGACCCAGAGUUCAGAGAGAAACCAGGCAUUGGCUGUUGCACGGAGGAAAGGGAGCUCUAUAUGGUGGGGAGUCCUAUUUGUCAAAAUAGCGGGCAGACCUCUGUGCAUAGCACUUUACUACUUCCUAUGAACCUAGAAGUGAAGGAAGGACCUGGUGGAACUGUGGCAAACAAUGAACAAUUAUUCCAAUAUAAUCUUGGCGAUAACAAUGUUAGUCAUAAAACAAAUUUCACAUCUGCACAGACUGCCAUAUCUGAAUCUUUAUCUGGGAUAAACAAAGGGGAGGUGCGGUGUGCUGUAGAGGAGCUUGGAGUACAUGUGUGUGUUACACAGAGAGAGAACGACGAUACAGGACCCAAUAAUCCAGCCAAAGCCAAUACAGAAAGCAAUAAUCAUGGUCAUGCAUUGAAUUUGGACUCGGGUGAUGCGUCUCUAGUCAUUAAUAAUGUUGACAAGAACCAGGUGCAGAGUAUUAGCAAAGGUUUAUCUCCAAGUGGAAUGCAGAACUUGGAUUCAAAACAGCUUUCUCAAGUCUUUGAAAUCAGAGACUUCUCUGAAAAAGAGGACAGUCAGACAAAGCCAGUCAGACAAAGCCAUGCGGCUGAUGAAACCACAGCCGCUCACCCUGUCAACAGUGAGGCUGAAUUGGGUCAGAGUGGGCAUACUCAGGGACUGUCCAACUGUACAAGUGACAAGGAGCUAAGCUUUGCUCUGGUUAAAACAUAUUUAGCAACUGUGAUUGAGGAUGGGCCAUCUGCUGAGAUGGAGAUAGGAGAAACGGCUUCUGGUCCAGGAUUGACCCAAUCGGUUAAUUUAGACAGCUCGUAUGAUUUCACGUCUAGCUGCAGUGCUGUGAAAGUGGUUAUUUGUGAUGACCAAAGCCAGGACCAUGAGCCUGCAGGGCCUAGUCAUCAGUCAUCAGGCAGACUAGCAUCCCUCCCUGUCUCUGUUAGAGCCCACCUGGACAUUCCUGGCACCUCUUCUCGACCCCAAGCUGCGGACUUGCACCAGGGCCCUCGAGGCUUCACCAUCAUCAGUGAAGAAGAAGAGUUAGAUACGGUGUUUGUGAACGACACUGGGCCAAUGUUGAGUCCCAGCACACGGCGGGCCAAAGCCUACCCUUUCUCCCUCUCACCUAUAUUUGAAGAGGACAGUGGGCGAGAAGACACCUCACGGGAGGACGCACUGCAUGUGCCCCCGGCAACAGAGGAGGAACAGCGCAGUGUGGAGCAGCAGGCCUCCUCGGUCCUCUCCCUGUUGCAGUCAGUCAGCGAGAGGCUGCAGUCUUCAGCCUUCAGUGGCUCAGAGGAUUCUGAGGAGAGGGUGGAGGAGCCGGAACACCCUCAACGCUUUCUCAGGCCACUCUGGGAACGCUGCGACGAUGACAAUGGUACAACAGACGAAGAGUCAAGCUUUCUGCUUCAGCAGCAGCUCACAGGAAAAAGACUUUACAGUGAUGAAUCUGAACCCACAACAGAAGAAUGUGCUUCUCCCAGCUUCAUUCAAGACCAGAGAACAACCAGUGGAGUACAGGAUGGAGACUCGGAGUCAAAGCAUCACACAACCACUCUGAAUAAUGCUAAUAAUGUCAUAAAGACUGCUAACACGCCAUUCUAUCAGUAUUUGAAAUCUAGUAUUAUGCCAUCGCUCGAUACAGAGAAACAAGGGACUGAAAGUGCUCUAUGUUACAAGGAAGGACGGCCAAUAACCACUACUCUGACCGAGACGGGAUCUUUUGGAAAAGUCUGUCCACGUCCUACUUUGUUGCACAUCUAUGAGGGCACGGUGCUGAGCGGGAACAGGAGGGAUGUCUGUGGAGAUGUGGAGGAUGCCAGCCUUGUUCUCUUCCUACAGGAAGCUUUGGUUCAGGCCCGGAGAGGAUGCUGGCUGCUGUAUGUGGAACCGGGAUACAGGGGUUCCUGCAUCGUGCUAGAGGAGGGACAGACUGUCCAGACCAGAGGAGGGACCACAGAAAGUGACAGACUCUCUGCUCCGACGUCACUGUCUAUAGGCUCCAUCAGGAGAGCUGUGAAGGAUGACAGUGUUCCAGAGAUUCAUCUUCCUUCUAUUAGGACUCAAGAAAGCGAGCCAGUGUGUCUCCACUCUGAAGCUGACCACAUAGACCAGCACGGCCCUGUCCACAUCUCUGACCUCACUGUGCGCUAUGGAUGCUGGCUGGCCUAUGAUGGUGCUGGAUUCACAGGAAAUCACACAGUUUUGGAAGCAGGAGGUUUAACCACACCCGUACUCCAGAACUCCCCCAUCUCCUGUGUGAGGUCACUGCGUCCAGUGAGAAUGGGUGGCCUAAGAGUACGGAGACCCUUGGAUCUGAAGAUGGUGCUCUAUGAGAAGCCACUCUUCCAGGGUCAGUGCCAAGAGCUGCUGGAGAACAUGCCCAGUCUAGGAGCUAAAGAAGGCCUAUCACAGGUCUCCUCUCUACGGGUCACCGGAGGAGUGUGGGUGGGCUACUCCAGCGAGAACUACAGGGGGCAGCAGUGUAUGCUGGAGGAAGGCGAGUAUAGUGAUUGCAGUGCUUUCUUCAGUGAGCCACCGUUAACACUGAGAUCCUGCCGCUUCCUUCAGGCUGAUUUCAUCGAGCCUGAGGUUUCUUUGAAAAGCUCUGGAGAACAAAUAGAGCUCGUGGACCAGGAUGUGGCAAACCUACAGCAGAAUGGACUAGCGCAGGGGGUCGACGCCAUCCUCGUGAAGAGUGGAGUGUGGGUAGCGUACAGUGGGAGAUGUUACACUGGCGAGCAGUUCGUGCUUGAGAAAGGUCAGCACCCUGGAACACUGGACUGGGGUGGCAGGCAGAGCUCACCUCUCUCCAUCCGGCCUGUACGCAGGGAGCUCUGUGGAGAAGAGGAACCAAAGUUUUUGCUGCGAACCUACAGCAAACCAUGCUUUGCAGGAGAGAGCAGGGAGUUUGAAAGUGAAGAGGCAGACUGUGGCUUGCUGAGCCCCACAUCGUUUAGAGUAAUAACGGGAAGUUGGUUGCUGUUUGAAGAGGAAGGUUACUGUGGGAACCAGUUUGUCCUUGGGGAAGGUCUUUAUCCUGACCUCAUUUCCUGUGGCUGCCUUGCAUCAACCAUCAGAUCCUUCAAACCCAUUCCAUAUAGCUUCUCAGAGCCCUCCAUCAGUUUCUUCUCUCUCAGUUCAUUUGAGGGGCUGGAGACAGUGGCAGAUUCACCCAUGGAGACCAUGAAUGACUUCUUCACCCAGUCUCUUCGAGUCAACAGUGGCCUGUGGGUGGUAUAUGAGUUCAGUCAGUUUAAGGGGCGCCAGAUGUUGCUGCAGACGGGCGAGUAUCCGUGCUGGGGUGAAUACAGCAGCUGGGAAACGAUUGGCUCCCUCCACCCACUCAGACAGCGGCGGAUGUACAUGCAGGUGCGGAGUCGAGCCCUAGGGACGGCGCUGACUGCAGAGAGAACUCGGGACCCGUCGUCUCUGGCCAAACUCUCGCUGCGUCCUGCUGACCGCUCACUGGAUACGCAGCACUGGAUAUACAGCCAGGCUCUGUUCAAGAGCAAGGUGGGAAAGGGCUGUCUGUCCGUGAUUGGUGGAAAGGCAUGUGUGGGAGCCAGAGUGGCCUUGUGGGAAGAGCAUGGGCGAAUACAUCAGAGAUGGAGUUUGAAUGAGAACGGGACAAUUUCUCCUCACUUAGAUCGCAGCCUAGUACUGGACCGAAGAGGGGGAAAUGGAAUAGACAGGGACCAUCUGAUCCUGAGUGAGUUCUGCGCUGAUAACACCACUCAGUACUGGGACAUAGAGGUGCUUUAGUGGUGAGAUUGAGAAGCGAUACUGUUUUUCUGAAAUGGCGUUGUCACGGUAAUGGACUGGACCAUCUGAAGCUAAAUAGCACUGCCUCCGACAACCAAAAGAGGAACAUGUUACAAAAUGUCCAGACCAGUGUUCCUCACAUCUAAUCCGAGAGAGCCACAGCACGUCUGUGUGUUUCUUUUCCGUGUUCCAGCACCUCAAAAACAGAUCUAGCACGUCAGGGCUGUGCUUUGGCUGUCCAGAGCCAGACGUCAAUAACUCUACUCUAGACUGUGGGCAGUCAAUUGUGGCCAUUAACAGCUGCAGGUGAUCUUUUUCGCUAAUGAAAGCAGGGCUUCGAACAAAUGCCUGUAGAUACCGCAGCCUUCUCUAAACCAGAAGUGAAUCCUGUUAGUGUGCUAAACUUUAAAGCCACAAACCAAAACCACUACUUCCUUAGAUCUAUCACUAUUCAAUAGCCAAUACCUGAGAGGAAAUUGAGUUCUGUUACCUAUUGUAAGGCAAUAUAAUGAAUAUGGAGAAUGCUUGCUUUUAUGUUUUAUUCAUCCAAGCACAUUUGCACUAAGAUCCUCACUUAAAGAUCAGUGGCCAUGUAAUGGGGAUAGAGCGCCCCCUAAGUACCGAUAUUGGAAACAGGACAUUGUUGUCAUAUGAUGUCAUGUAGAAAUUCUCCCUUUACUCAGAAGAAAAAAAACAAGCCAAACUACAGAUUUUAGCUCCUGCCAGCUUGGGCCAUGUAAAGAGGAUCCCUUUUCUCCUUUUUAAAGCUGGUCGAAUCACUGGAUUUAUCACUGAACACUGAGUGUAUGAUAUUCAGGAAAAGAUGUAUGAAAUACUGAAUGCGCUCUCUAAAGAAAACCAUGUACAGUUGAAUCAAUAAGCUCACUGUUUUUAAAAGAUGUGAUUAAUAUUGAAGCUGUGUAAUAAAUUCAGAUGUUCCAUUUCA